AUGAAGAGCUAUUGGGCUGGAACGGAUCCUCUUUUUCAUUCCACGUCCGCUUUGUAUCGUUUCUCAAAGAAGCUCAAACACCUAAAGCCUAUAGUCCGGCAAAUCUCAAGGGAGGCGCUAAGUGAUAUAUCUGCUCAGGUGAAAUUGAAUUACGAUGAUCUGUGCGCAAAACAAGAGCAAAAUCUACAGGCUCCUUCGGAGCUCUUGCAACAGGAAGAGUCUGUGGCUUUUGCGAGAUGGGAAAAUGCGGCAAAUUUGGAGGAGCGAUAUCUACAUCAGAAGUCGAAGCUUAAUUGGUUGAAUGUGGGAGAUAGGAACACAAAGAUAUAUCAUCGGGCAGUGAAAAUCAAAACAAGUCAGAAUGGUAUCAGGGAAUUGGAGGCGAGCGAUGGAACUCUCAUAAGUGAGAAACAUCAGAUAAAGGAGAUGGCUGUGAACCAUUUUUCGGGAUUUCUUAAUCAUGUACCUGAGGAUGUUCAAGAUAUUUCAGCUACUGAUAUUGGGUCACUUUUUGAGUUUCACUGCUCCCCUGAGGAUCAGGAUCGCUUAAUAGCUGAUGUCACUGAGCUUGAAAUCAAAGAUGUUCUGAUCAAAAUGGCUGCGAACAAGUCACCCAGAUCUGACGGGUUUACGGUUGAGUUUUUCAAGGAGAGCUGGUCAAUUCUUGGUAAAGAUUUGGUUGUGAGUGUUCAAUCCUUUUUCUUAAAGGGUUUUUUGCCUAAGGGUGUAAACUCGACUAUUCUCGCUCUGAUACCGAAAAAAGAAGGAGCCAAACAUAUGAAGGAUUACCGGCCAAUAGCUUGCUGUAAUGUAAUCCAUAAGCUGAUAUCGAAGAUUCUAGCAAACCGUUUGAAAAGGCUGCUUCCGCGUUUCAUUUGCCCAAACCAAUCGGCUUUUGUUCGCGAUCGUCUUUUGAUAGAGAACCUCCUUCUUGCUUCAGAACUUGUUUCUGGGUACCAUAAAGAUACGAUAUCUGCUCGAUGUGCGUUAAAAAUCGACAUCUCCAAAGCCUUCGAUUCUGUUCAAUGGAGGUUUCUUCUGAAUACUCUUGAAGCGUUGAAUUUUCCUGCGAAGUAUAUUCAUUGGAUCAGGCUGUGCGUCUCCACCGCAUCUUUUUCGGUUCAGGUUAACGGGGAGCUUGCUGGGUAUUUCGGGAGUUCGAGGGGUUUGCGGCAGGGCUGUUCUUUGUCACCGUACUUGUUCGUCAUCUACUUUCUGGCGGGAGUAUCUGAACUGGUAAGGGCUAAUAUAGCUCAAAGGUUCCCUCUGGCUUUUGGAUCACUUCCUGUGAGAUACCUGGGGUUGCCGCUUCUCACAAAGAAGAUGAGGACUUUGGAUUAUGCACCUUUGAUUGGUAACAUAAAGGGUCGGAUUACUUCUUGGACAGCUAAAGCUCUCUCUUUCGCAGGGAGGCUCCAACUUCUUUCGUCGGUGAUCGCGGGCAUUACAGGGUUUUGGAUGUCAGCGUUCCGGUUGCCAAAUGGGUGUCUUGAUGAGAUUGAGAGGAUCUGUUCAGCGUUCCUGUGGUCUGGGACUGAUCUCAAUCCGAGGAAAGCUAAACUAGCAUGGAGUGCAGUCUGCAAACCCAAAGCAGAGGGUGGAUUGGGAUUGAAAAAUCUUCGGGAAGCAAAUGAUGUGUGUAUCCUUAAGCUUUUAUGGCGAUUUAUUACUGCAGAUCAUUCGCUAUGGGUUAGAUGGUCUCGUGUAAAUCUCAUGAGAGAGUCAUCCAUCUGGUUACUUCCAGAGUCCAACAACCCGAACUUGGGCUCUUGGUCUUGGAAACAAAUGAUGAAAAGAAGACAUCAGGCAGCUGAGUUUCUGAAGGUGGAAAUAGGGAAUGGAAGGAGUACCACCUUUUGGUAUGAUAAUUGGUCUUCUAUGGGUCCUCUUUUACCACUCAUAGGUGCAAGAGGUUUCAUAGACCUGGGUAUUCGCAGAGGAGACACAGUUGAAGAUGUAAUCCUCAGACAUAGGAGACAUCGACAUCGUGCCUCCAUACUUAACAGAGUGGAGGAUGAGAUAGAGGAGGCCAAAUCUCGAUACAGGGGACAAGACAGAGAUCGUUUCUUUUGGAAAAUAAAGGAAGGAACAUACAAAACUCAUUUCAACACCAAAACUACCAGAGAUCUAAUUCGGUUAUCUUCUCCCAAGGUGCCUUGGGUCUCGGUUAUCUGGUUUCAGCACAAUUGCCCCAAGUUUAGCUUCAUUGCCUGGCUGGCUCAACACAACCGUUUAUCUACAGGAGAUCGUAUGCAGCACUGGAGCCCGAACAUCCAAGGUGUGUGCAGCUUUUGCCUUCACACUCUUGAAACUCGAAGCCAUCUCUUCUUUUCAUGUCCUUAUUCCGCUCAGAUCUGGACAAACUUAGCAAAAGGGAUUCUUGAUCGCGAUUUCUCUACGGAUUGGACGAUCAUAUCCACUUUACUCUCAUCUAUAGUUUAUGGCGAUAGCGAAAUGACAGGAGACAUGGAGCCCAACCAUCAUCACCUGCUAGACUAA